AUGUCUUCAAUUAGGUCAAUUUCUAAUACACUUGAAACUAAAACUUGCUUUGAGCUUCUUAAGACUUGCAAAUCCAUUACAAAACUCAAACAAAUCCAUGCCCAAGUUAUCAUUCUCAAUUUCCACAAACACAUUGGCAUUUUACACAAGCUAUUAGCUUUUACCACUCAUGAUGAUACAGACUUUAAUUACGCCAAGAAAAUCUUUAGUUGCUGUGAGAACCGAACAUUGUUUAUGUACAAUGUAAUGAUUAAAGGGUAUGUGAAAACGGGUCAAUUCAAGAAGCCCCUUUUCUUGUUUGAUGAAUUAAGAAUACAUGGCUUGUUUCCUGAUAAUUUUACUUACCCAUUUGUGUUUAAAGCUAUUGGUGAGUUGAAAAUGGUGAAAGGAGGUGAAAAGAUUCAUGGGUAUGUCUUGAAAUCUGGUGUUUUGUUUGAUAACUAUGUGGGUAAUUCUGUUAUGGAUAUGUAUGGUUUGUUUGGUUAUGUGGAGAGUUUGAACAAGGUGUUUGAUGAAAUGCCUCAGAGAGAUUCGGUUGCGUGGAAUGUAUUGAUUUCUGGAUUUGUUAGAUGUGGUAGGUUUCAGGAUGCUGUUGUGGUUUACAAGAAGAUGAGGGAGGAAAAUGGUGUUAAGCCUGAUGAAGCUACGGUUGUGAGUACUUUGUCAGCUUGCACUGCGUUGAAAAGCUUGGAACUUGGUAAAGAAAUUCAUGGAUAUGUUGUUGAAGAGCUUGAGUUCAGCCUUAUUAUUGGGAAUGCAUUGGUGGAUAUGUAUUGUAAGUGUGGAUGUUUGAUGAUGGCUAGGGAGAUAUUUGAUGAUAUGCCAAUGAAAAAUGUGAUAUGUUGGACUAGUAUGGUGUCGGGGUAUGUUAAUAGUGGUCAAUUGGAUGAAGCUAGAAAACUUUUUGAGAUGAGUCCAGCUAGGGAUCUAGUUCUGUGGACAACUAUGAUUAACGGGUAUGUGCAAUUCAAUCGUGUUGAUGAUGCAAUGGACCUAUUUCGUUCGAUGCAAAUGGAGGGGAUUAAACCUGACAAAUACACACUGGUUGCUCUUCUCACUGGUUGUGCUCAGUUAGGAGCCCUGCAGCAAGGGGAAUGGAUUCAUGAUUACAUGAAGGAAAACAGAAUAACUGUUACUGCCGUUGUUGGUACUGCCCUUAUAGAGAUGUAUGCAAAGUGUGGUUGUAUAGAAAAAUCGAUGGAAAUAUUUGAUGAAUUAGAAGAGAAAGAUACUGCAUCUUGGACUUCAAUUAUUUGUGCUCUAGCCAUGAGCGGGAACACUAGGAAGGCACUAGAACUGUUCUCAGAAAUGGAACAAGCUGGAUUUCGCCCUGAUGAUAUCACUUAUAUUGGAGUGUUAAGUGCAUGUAGCCAUGGGGGCUUGGUAGAAGAAGGCCGCAAGUAUUUCCAUGCAAUGAGUAGGAUUCAUGCAAUUCAGCCAAAAUUAGAACAUUAUGGUUGUUUGAUAGACCUACUUGGUCGUGCUGGGCUCCUAAGUGAAGCUGAAGUAAUGAUAUCUCAGAUACCCAAUAGAGACAAUGAGAUUAUAGUUCCAAUAUACGGAGCUUUGCUCAGUGCCUGCAGAAUUUACGGCAAUGUUGAUGUUGGUGAACGUGUGGCUGAACUGCUCAUGGAGAUUGAAUCUUAUGAUUCUAGCACUCAUACACUUCUGGCAAACACCUAUGCAUCUGCUGGCAGAUGGGAAGAUGUAUCAAAGGUCAGAGGAACUAUGAGGGAUUUAGGUGUUAAGAAGUCACCUGGAUGCAGUUCAAUUGAUAUCAAUGGAAAUGUGCACGAGUUCAUUGUUGGACAUUAAUCCACUUGGAAUGAAAUAUGAUAUUUGUUUGGUAGCAUCUCUUAGCUACUUCUGGGUGCAA